AUGAAGAGCUUGAAGGCCAAGUUCAGGAAGAGUGAUACCAACGAGUGGAACAAGAACGAUGACCGACUGCUGCAGGCCGUGGAGAAUGGAGACGCCGAGAAGGUGGCCUCGCUGCUGGGCAAGAAGGGGGCCAGCGCCACCAAGCAUGACAGCGAGGGCAAGACCGCUUUUCACCUUGCUGCUACGAAAGGACACGUGGAAUGCCUCAGGGUCAUGGUUACACACGGCGUGGAUGUGACCGCCCAAGAUACUGCCGGACACAGUGCUUUGCACCUUGCAGCCAAGAACAGCCACCAUGAAUGCAUCAAGAAGCUCCUUCAGUCUAAAUGCCCAGCUGAAAGUAUCGACAGCUCUGGGAAAACAGCUUUACAUUAUGCAGCCGCACAGGGCUGCCUUCAAGCUGUGCAAGUCCUUUGCGAGCACAAAAGCCCCAUAAACCUCAAGGAUUUGGAUGGGAAUAUACCACUGCUUCUUGCAGUACAAAAUGGCCACAGUGAGGUCUGUCGCUUUCUUCUGGAUCAUGGAGCAGAUGUAAAUUCCAGAGACAAAAAUGGAAGAACUGCUCUCAUGCUGGCUUGUGAGAUUGGCAGCUCAAACAUCGUAGAAGCCUUAAUUAAAAAGGGUGCAGACCUAAACCUUAUAGAUUCUCUUGGACACAAUGCCUUACAUUAUUCCAAACUCUCGGAAAAUGCAGGAAUUCAAAGCCUUCUAUUAUCAAAAAUCUCUCAGGAUGCUGAUUUAAAGACACCAACAAAACCAAAGCAGCAUGAUCAAGUCUCUAAAAUAAGCUCAGAGAGAAGUGGAACUCCAAAAAAACGCAAAGCUCCACCACCUCCUAUCAGUCCUACUCAGUUGAGUGAUGUGUCUUCCCCAAGAUCAAUAACUUCAACACCACUUUCAGGAAAGGAAUCAGUAUUUUUUGCUGAACCACCCUUCAAGGCUGAGAUUAGUUCUAUACAAGAGACCAGAGACAGGCAAAGUGCCAGUACUACAGCUGAUAGCUCAUUGGAUAUAAGUUCUGAGGCUGACCAGCAAGAUCUUCUUGUCCUAUUGCAAGCAAAAGUUGCUUCUCUUACCUUACACAAUAAGGAAUUACAAGAUAAAUUACAGGCCAAAACACCCAGGGAGGGGGAAACAGACCUGAGCUUUGACUCUUACCAUUCUACUCAAACUGAUUUGGUCCCAUCCCUGGGCAAACCUAGUGAAACCCCUCCUCUAGACUCCAAACCAUCUCCAUCUGUCAUAACACAUUCCUCAAGUAAAUCCACUCUCGACAGCGAUGUCAGAAUCCAGCAACUCCAAGAGGUUUUACACGACUUGCAGAAGAGACUGGAGAGCUCUGAAGCGGAGAGGAAACAGCUGCAGGCCGAGCUCCAGACCAGGAGGACAGAAUCAGUGUGCUUAAACAACGCCGAGAUCUCGGAGAACGGCUCCGACCUCAGCCAGAAACUUAAGGAAACCCAGAGCAAGUACGAGGAAGCUAUGAAAGAAGUCCUGAGUGUGCAGAAGCAGAUGAAGUUGGGCCUGGUCUCACCGGAAAGUGUGGAUACUUACUCGCACCUGCAUGAGCUGAGGAUCACCGAGGAAGAAAUGGACGUGCUCAAGCGGGACCUCCAGGGUGCCCUGGAAGAAAGUGAACGAAAUAAAGAGAAAGUGAGAGAGUUAGAGGAGAAGCUGGCAGAGAGGGAGAAAGAGGCAGUUAUUCAGCCACUGAGGGAGGAGUACGAGGAAAUGAAAAGUUCCUAUUGCUUGGUGAUUGAGAAUAUGAAUAAGGAGAAAGCGUUUUUGUUUGAGAAAUAUCAAGAGGCACAAGAAGAAAUCACAAAACUGAAAGAUACGUUGAAAAAUCAGGUGACCCAGGAGGCGGGUGAUGAAGCUGAGGACAUGAAAGAGGCCAUGAACAGGAUGAUUGAUGAACUCAACAAGCAGGUGAGUGAGCUGUCUCAGCUGUACAGAGAGGCCCAGGCAGAGCUGGAGGAUUACCGGAAGAGGAAGUCUCUAGAAGACGUCACAGCUGAAUAUAUCCAUAAAGCGGAGCAUGAGAAGCUGAUGCAAGUGACCAACGUAUCCAGAGCGAAGGCCGAAGAGGCACUGUCCGAAAUGAAGUCUCAGUAUUCAAAAGUGCUGAAUGAGCUGACCCAGCUCAAACAGUUGGUAGAUGCUCAGAAAGAGAACUCUGUCUCCAUCACGGAGCAUUUGCAAGUGAUAACCACUCUGCGGACCACUGCCAAAGAGAUGGAGGGAAAAAUAAGCAGUCUGAAAGAGCACCUGGCGAGCAAGGAAGGGGAGGUGGCAAAGCUGGAGAAACAGCUCCUAGAGGAGAAGGCGGCUGUGACCGACGCGAUGGUGCCCCGGUCUGCCUACGAGAAGCUCCAGUCAUCUUUGGAAAGUGAAGUGAGUGUGUUGGCCUCAAAAUUAAGGGAUUCUGUGAAAGAGAAAGAGAAGGCCCAUUCAGAGGUUGCCCAGGUUAGAAGUGAGGUCUCGCAAAUGAAAAGGGAAAAGGAAAACAUUCAGACUCUCUUGAAAUCCAAAGAGCAGGAAGUAAAUGAACUUCUGCAAAAAUGCCAGCAUGCUCAGGAAGAACUCGCAGAAAUGAAGAGACAUUCCGAGAGCUCCUCAAAACUGGAAGAGGAUAAAGACAAGAAGAUAAAUGAGAUGUCCAAGGAAGUCACCAAGUUGAAGGAGGCGCUGAACAGCCUCUCGCAGCUCUCCUACUCCGCCAGCUCCUCCAAGAGGCAGAGCCAGCAGCUGGAGGUGCUGCAGCAGCAGGUCAAACAGCUGCAGAACCAGCUGGCGGAAUGCAAGAAACAACACCAGGAAGUGAUAUCUGUUUACAGGAUGCAUCUUCUUUACGCUGUGCAGGGCCAGAUGGAUGAAGAUGUCCAAAAAGUACUGAAGCAAAUCCUUACCAUGUGUAAGAACCAGUCCCAGAAGAAGUAA